GCGGGGUGCCGAAUUUAUUAGACGCGACUUCGGCAUAUGUUCAAACGCGAGCUCAUCUAGCCGCCAAGAAAUGUUGUGUGUGAAGCUCAUCAUGAUCUUGUUAUAAAAGCAUCAUUGCAGACCGUAUCUCGAGACUUCUGUUUUCUUCACUAGUCAAAGCAAACAUCAAAGCCUAAAAACCCCAGAACAACUUCUAUACACCUUCCCCUACCAAAAGACAUCACCUAUCUCGACCAUGGGUUCCAAUGUCGGCCUUGACCUCCGCGGUCUCACCCCUGCCCCCGUCACCCCCUUCAACAAGGACGGCAGCGUAGACUACGAUGCUAUCCACCGUCUUGGAUCGUGGCUCGGCAGCAUCUCAGGCGUCAAGGGUCUUGUCGUUCUCGGCCACGCCGGUGAGGGCACUUUCCUCACGCAAGACGAACAACUCGCCGUCAUCAAGGCUUUUGUCAAAUCCGUCGACAACCGUACCCCCAUCAUUGCCGGCAUCACGGGAGAAGGCACCGAAGUAGCCGCCCUCGAAGCUAAGCGCGCCCGGGAAGCCGGUGCCUCAGCCGGCCUUUUGUACCCUUCGCACGGCUGGCUCCGCUUCGGCUACCAGCCCGGUGCCCCGCAGGACCGGUACAAGCGCGUCUUUGAGGUCAGCGGACUGCCGCUGAUUCUGUUCCAAUACCCGGACGUCACAAAAGCAACGUACAACCUGCAGACUCUUCUCGAUAUCUCGGCGCAACCUGGUGUCUUUGCGAUGAAAAACGGUGUCCGAAACAUGAGGCGGUGGGACACCGAGAUCCCCGUUAUCCGAAAGGAGAGGCCGGAUCUCCAGAUUCUCACCUGCCAUGACGAGUAUCUUUUGCACACGGCCUUUGAUGUUGAUGGUUUCCUGGUUGGCUACGGCAACAUUGCGCCCGAGGCUCUGAUUGAGUUAAUCAAGGCUGGCAAGGCAAAGGAUUACCCCAGAGCGAGGGAGAUCCACGACAAGUUGUUGCCGGUGACCAAGGCUGUGUACCAUCGAGGAUCGCACAUGGAGGGCACCGUGGCGUUGAAGCACGCGUUGGUUGCGAGGGGAAUCUUGGAACAUGCGACCGUUAGGUCACCUUUAUUGCCUUUGGAGGAUGGAGCCGAGGACGAAAUCUUUGCCGCUGUGUCUGCGUCGUCGCUCUCACGUGUUAAAUAGUCGAUGCAUUUUAAGUAUCCCAGAAAGUGCUAGGGUGGGAGAGUACCUCGGGCUUUUAGGUAUAUACGGUAGUAGAAACCAGAGAAUAAUCUUUUACAUUCAUAGGAGUAUAAGACCAAUGACAUAGAUAUAAAUCUCAUCUUCUCUAGCAAGGCAUCAUCAGCAGCGAAAUGCGAGUGUGUCUUUUUCUUUUUGCCUCCAAACCUCAUCAGCCGGAGUUGAACUCUAGCAUGGAUGCUCGCGUAUGCCAACAUCGAUCACCGUCUAUUGGACCUGUGAAGGCUUAGCCAGCAUUUUGGAAACAGCUUUGACAGCUAAGGUUACUGGCGUGCUCAGCCCGCUUUUAGCUGCUCUUAGGGCGAAGUGGCUUGAGACAUCGUCCUGAUUCCUGGUACGCCUCAUUCCAGUCAAAAAGCCACCAACA